ACAAAUAUUGUUUUUACUCGUGUUUUUUUUAUUAAUUAAUAAAUAUGGAUAGCUCAAAUGAAAGCGAGAGACUUUUACCGGGUCCGAGUACCGAAUAUGGCACGGGCAGCUAUAUGCCCAUCAUGCCUGAUGCAGGGUAUACGCCCACUCCUCGGCCAGGUAAAAAGUUACCGCAGUACAUUGCUGCACUUUCAGCUACACUAGGAGCAUUGGCAGCUGGUACUAUUCUUGGCUGGACCUCACCAGCUACAAAAGAUGCCAUAGAGAAAGAAUAUGGGUUUUCAGUUAGCAACGAUGAAUAUGGAUGGAUCGGUUCUUUAAUGACUAUUGGAGCUGCUUGUAUUUGUUUACCUAUAGGAAUUCUGAUAGACGUACUUGGAAGAAAACUUGCUAUGUUGCUUUUAGUGUUUCCUUUCACUUUAGGCUGGGCUUUGAUCAUAUGGGCAACCAAUGUAGGCAUGCUAUACGCUGGUAGAUAUAUUGUGGGUGUCUCUGGAGGAGCAUUUUGUGUGGCCGCUCCAAUUUAUACUGGAGAAAUAGCAGAAAAGGAAAUCAGAGGCAGUUUAGGAAGUUACUUUCAACUUAUGAUAACAAUUGGUAUAUUGUUUGUAUAUGCCAUUGGAUCUGCUGUAAAUGUAUUUUAUCUAUCCAUAAUUUGCGGAGCCAUUCCUUUAAUAUUUGGGGCUGUAUUUUUCUUCAUGCCAGAAACACCUAUGUAUCUAGUCUCACGAGGUAAAGAUCAAGAGGCUAAAAACUCCAUAAGGAAACUUCGGGGAGAUGCAUAUGAUGUAGAUUCGGAACUAAUAACUUUGCAAUUAGAGCAUCAGAAUAAUGUAGCAAAUAGACUGCCAAUAAAGCAGGCUUUCACUACCACUGCCGCAAAGAAAGCUUUAGCAAUAUCAAUGAUGCUAAUGUUUUUUCAACAAGUAUGUGGUGUAAAUGCUAUUAUCUUUUAUACAUCCAACAUUUUUAGAGAUGCCAAUUCUGGCAUCAGUGGUAGUGAUGGGUCAAUAAUUGUUGGUGUGAUGCAAAUUAUUUUCACUUUUAUUGCUACACUUACUGUAGAUAGAUUAGGAAGAAGAAUUUUACUAUUAGUUUCGGAGACACUAAUGGCCGUAUGUUGUAUAUUAAUGGGUGUUUACUUUUAUUUAUCAAAACAACCUGAAUAUAAAGAUACGGUUAGUUCUUUAUCAUGGCUUCCUUUAUUCUCUUUAUGUGUUUUCAUAGCUGCAUUCUCUUUGGGCUUCGGGCCCAUUCCUUGGAUGAUCAUAGGUGAAUUAUUUCCACCGGGUAUUAAAGGAGUGGCUGGUUCAAUAUCUGCUACGUUUAAUUGGGUUUUAGCAUUUAUAGUAACAAAAACAUUUAAUUUAGUACGAGAAGAUAUUCCUUUUUGGGUGUUUGGUAGUUUGUGUAUAGUUGGAGUUCUUUACAUAUAUUUCUUUGUUCCUGAAACUAAGGGAAAGUCUUUGACCCAGAUACAGCAAAUGCUUGGAAAUGAAACUAAUAUUAAAGAACCUUUGCCUAAUGAUAAUGAGAAAUAG